CAAAGGGUUUCCCUAUACUGGCCAGGCUGGUCUCAAACUCCUGGCCUCAAGUGAUCCGCCCGCCUCAGCCUCCCAAAGUGCUGGGAUUACAGGCAUUAGCCAACAUGCCCGGCCUACAUUUUUCUUCCUUAAGUCUGCAAGUUGGGCCAAAGAGGACACAAAAGUCCUAUGGAUUUGUAUAAGCCAGGCACUAAGACAAGGCUUCAGUUAUACUACUGUUGCCAGGCCAUGGGUGGCAAAGAAAUCACACAUGUCAACUUUGCAGAAGAACACCAGAGUGAAGUCUAGAGUGAGAAAAAACAAUCAAGGAGAAGAGGCACAAGAUGGAAUGGUUCAGAGUCUGUUCAGGCAAGCCUGCAGAAACGAGCACUCAUCAGUGGUUUUGAAAACCUGGCAGCAGAAACCAGAAGUGAGUGAGCUAGGAAGCGUAAGGUGGCCCUGGAGUGAUGACUGAAGGUCAGCAGUCCCACUUCCAGCUGUCCUGACUCACUCCUGCCUUCUCACCACCUCAUGGAAGCCUAUCCUCCAACAGCAACAGCAUUGGGGCUUCCCAUGAAGACAUCUAUAGACAGGCCAAACAGGGUGUAAGGAAGCAGACCCAGAGUACAUAGUAUCUAUCCACAUCACUUUAUUUAAACAAGCAAGAACAUGCUAGCACAGUCUCCAUCACUAUACUACAGUUAUGUUGUACUAAUUCUGGUAUCCUAUAAAGUUCAAAAAAAGAGGACUAUACCUAUAAAUGAAAUUGUUACGCCUUUUUGAUUUUGCUAUUAUAUGAUGCUACUCAUGUGCAGUGACUAUUUGUAAUGGUAACACAAGAAUUCCAUGAAUGUACUUCCAAAGUUGUAUCCCUUCUCCCUCAAAAUCUAUUCAGUAUUUCUUAAAAAGUUGUAUUGACAGAAAAGACUUAAUCUAAAAAAGCAAAAUCAAGACAAACAUGAGAUUGUCAGAAUAUAAGAGUAAGUCUUAUUAAGUGCUGCAGGAGUAAAGGAAGUUUUAGUCAAAAUGUUGGCUUUGCUGUGAAGUCCUUGAUAAAAUACUAAAAAUUCUCUGGAAUGCAAUUUUAUCUUUGGUGAAAUGAGGAAGUUGAAUUUCAUAGUCUCUAAGCAAAAACACAGCUCUAAAAACAUUAUGCCUUAGUUUUCUAGUUCGAUUUCAAUGAACUUUUGAUCUCAAUAAUACAUAAAUGUUAACUUCAAGAUCACUAUAAGAAUAUAAUUUUUUAUACCUGAAAAUCUAAUAUUGUUUAAAGAAAAUAAGAAGUAUGCAUUUUAGAAGAAUCUCUUCCAAUAUUCCUAUGUCAACAUAGUUAAAUAAUUUUAAAAUACUUUUAAUGCAAGAGAAAUAUAAACUAAAGUCUAACUUUUAACAGUGUGGCCCAGCGCAGUAGCUCAUGCCUGUAAUCCCAGCACUCUGGGAGGCUGAGAUGGGGAGAUCACCUGAAUCCAGGAGUUUGAGACCCGUCUGGGCAACAUGGCAAAAACUUGUCUCUACAAAAAUAAAUUAAAAACUAAAACUAAAACAAAAAACAAUGUAGUUUCCCAGAAUAAUUUAGCAGAUAGGCCAAAUAAUAGUGUACUGGGGACAAUGUUUACAUUUCUUACCACUGAGCCUUUAAAUGCUAGAAGUGAAAGCUCAGAACCCUAAAUUGCUUUGGAAGGGAAGUUAUAGGGGAAAGAGGAAAAAGAUGUGAGAAGUGGAGGGUGACAUCAUUCACACUGUUCUAGCUCCCAAGUUGAAAAACAAGGUUAGGCUUUGGUGAUUUAUUUUGCCCACUGUGAAACAAACAAACAAACAAACAAGAAACUAACUUACCCAUGACACUAUUUUGUAGUAGGUAUUCUGAAUCUAGAUCUUUCUCCUAUCUUCCUACGGCAUAUACAUGCAUGCACAUACACAGUCACAGUAUUUUCUAUAAUUGUCCAAGUCUUUGUUCAGCACAAAAGCAGGCUCCGAGUGAAACAAGUUCAUGAAUUUUCCACAGAAAAUCUUAACCAAAAAAAGUAAGUGAUUACUGUAAAGCCUAUUUGAUUUUUUUUUUUUUACUUUUAGGGUAAAUAAAAUAAUAAAAAAUAAAAAAUAAAAAAAUUUCUUAACAUCCUUUAACACAGAUCUCCAAAUCAGAAUCAUAUGCAAAUCCAAUUAAAUUCAAGUGCAGUGUCACAAGUAGCAGGUUAAGUAUUCUUAUUUGUGUCUCAAAAAUGACUACAAUACUGUGAAAUGUGUGACUUUUUCCGGGAAAGAAAAUUGUAUACACCUAGAAUUUUCACCUUAUGUUUCCUACUUAAAUUUACUUUAAAAAGAUGACACUAAAUCAAUACACAUUAUUUUCCAAAAGAUGACAAUAUUAUUCAAUAUUAAGCCUGCCUGAUUAAAAAAUAACUUAGGCAUUUAGAAAUAGUUAAACAUUCACAUUUGGAUGAAGAAUUAAACAUUUGGAUCUGCUUAACUGACAAGAGGAAAUUCAAUUUAUUCUGAGUAACUCUUAUUACUUCAAAGGAUAGACAUGAAAAUCCUUUCACAACAAAUCCCUUCCCUGAUACAGUUAAAUGCAAAUUCUCUUUUCCGUCUUACUCCAGAAAGCUCCUGCAUACAUAGGCUGAUACGCCACCUACUGCAAAACCGAGCUGACAGCGCAGGCGAUACUGCCAGCGUUUCCAUUCCAUCACCAGGCUGGGGCUGAAUAAAGGCGUGCUUGUGUGGUAGUGUUUCUUUUUAAAAAAUCUGAAAGCCAAGAAGAACAAGCUGAAAUAGCAUCUUCAAAAAAUGGAGCGUAAAAUAAACAGAAGAGAAAAAGAAAAGGAGUACGAAGGGAAACACAACAGCCUGGAAGAUACUGAUCAAGGAAAGAACUGCAAAUCCACACUGAUGACCCUCAACGUUGGUGGAUAUUUAUACAUUACUCAAAAACAAACACUGACCAAGUAUCCAGACACUUUCCUUGAAGGUAUAGUAAAUGGAAAAAUCCUCUGCCCGUUUGAUGCUGAUGGUCAUUAUUUCAUAGACAGGGAUGGUCUCCUCUUCAGGCAUGUCCUAAACUUCCUACGAAAUGGAGAACUUCUAUUGCCUGAAGGGUUUCGAGAAAAUCAACUUCUUGCACAAGAAGCAGAAUUCUUUCAGCUCAAGGGACUGGCAGAGGAAGUGAAAUCCAGGUGGGAGAAAGAACAGCUAACACCCAGAGAGACUACUUUCUUGGAAAUAACAGACAACCACGAUCGUUCACAAGGAUUAAGAAUCUUCUGUAAUGCUCCUGAUUUCAUAUCAAAAAUAAAGUCUCGCAUUGUUCUGGUGUCCAAAAGCAGGCUGGAUGGAUUUCCAGAGGAGUUUUCAAUAUCGUCAAAUAUCAUCCAAUUUAAAUACUUCAUAAAGUCUGAAAAUGGCACUCGACUUGUACUAAAGGAAGACAACACCUUUGUCUGUACCUUGGAAACUCUUAAGUUUGAGGCUAUCAUGAUGGCUUUAAAGUGUGGCUUUAGACUGCUGACCAGCCUGGAUUGUUCCAAAGGGUCAAUUGUUCACAGCGAUGCACUUCAUUUUAUCAAGUAAUUACCUGUGUCACGAACAAAGGCAACAAGCAUGCAGCCAGCAAGCUUCGGAAAACCACAGCAUCAAAGGCAUCCCAAAUAACAUGCCCAGCUAGCUCUGUACUACAGAGCCCUGCUACUAAUCAAUUACUGUGAGCUAACGGUAUGUAAAUUCUAUCGCUAAAGAUGUCCUUCCUCUGGGGUGUUCCUGCUGAUCAGACUCUUCCACCUAAAAUGAAAACAGUAACCUUCUAUACACUGUAAAUAAAGACUGAAAGCUUUUGCUAUUUAUUUGUCCUUAAGCUGUCUUUCAAUCAGAUUGUCUUGGGUAUUUGCACAAAAAACAAAGCAUGUACAUUAUCUAUCGUUCAUUUAAGUAAAUGGUAAUAAAAUAUUUUAAGGGGCUAUUAAUAUUUAAAAUCCUUUUCUACUAUGGCAAAAAUCUACAGAGAAACUGAACUGGCAAAAUUAACUACCUGGAGCAAAACAGAUGUGCAGAUCUAACUAAAACAGAGCUAUAGUGAAACAAAAUGAGAUUGUAAGAAGACAUUAAAGCUAUUGAUUUGAUUUUUCCAUAGCAGGACCAAAAGCUUAUAUUCACAGUUCCUGUGUUUCAUAUUAGACUUAUAGCUGAAUUGGUAUUUUGCUGAAAAUUCCUAGAAAACUGCUUCAUGACAAUAAAAAGUAAAUAAAAGCACUGCUACCUUCUUUGAUUGUAUUAAUGAUUAUAAUAAAAAGUUACAUGUCACUUUAAAAGCAAACAGUACCACUUGAUGAUUUUGCACAAAAUUAUGCAUUGAUGUCAACCGGCAGGCUACAGGAACCCUGGCUGGUCCUGGAAGUGACAAAAACCAGCAAAUUCAAUUCUUCGCAGGCUGAGUUCCCACAAAGCAUGGGUAACUUAGUCUCAAUAGAGUAUCUGUUAUUAGAAUAAUAAAGGAGUUCAUUUUCAGAAUCAUCCUAAGUAUCUGUUCAUUUUUCAAGCUCAAAAAUAUUAAAUGAACAUCACUAAACAUUAUUCUUAUGAAAGAACUUUGAUUGUUUUCAAUACCUUUUUGGAUGCUAAAUCUCAGACUCAAUGAGUUAACAUUACUUCAUGCCAAACAAAAAAUUAUUUUUAAAAAUUACGUUUUACGUAUGGCCGUUUCAAUGAAGUAAUCUACAAACUUAACUUUAAAUGAGUGUAUUUUCCCCCUGCAAAGGACAGCUAAUCAUUUCACUUGUUCUUUAACUUCUAAGAACAAAAUAUAUUUAAAUUUGCUCCUUUAAACAAUUAAAUCUGGUAACUAAAUCUUAAUUUUAAUAAUCUCAAGAAGAUGUCUGAAAAUCUUGACUGAGGUUACAUAAAUUAGCAUAUAUGCCAAAAAUUUGAUUACUCAUAAAAACUUAGAAUAAGUAAAGUUAAUAUUCAUUUCCAGAACUAUAACUGACUUCUAGUUAUAACAUCUAAUGUAAUGUAAAAGUUGGCUGUAUAUGCUAAAAGAAACCUUUUAAAAUCUGUUCUACAAAAAAAUUCCUUCAAAAAUCACAUUUAAAAACCAAAUUCCACAUUAGCUACAUAAUAUUUUUAUAUAUACUAAGAAAAACAGAUUUCUACUAAAACAUUAUCUUUUACAUACUUUAAAACAGCUUAAUCAAGACUGAACAAAACUAUAAAAACAGGAAAAGAAUUGUAAAAUUUAUUUGAAUAGCCACUAUAAUUGAACUGUUUAUAUGCCUCUCCAACUUAGGAGUUGACUUUUCCUUGGCAUUUGGACUUUGGUAAUGAAAAAAAGGUAGUGAUUUACUGUCAGAGCAAGAUUUUCUCUUAUAAGAUUUCAUUACGGAUAAUAAAAAUAACCCUGACAUAUCUUUUUACAGGAGAUAUAGCUGAACAGAUCUCCUUAGAAGCAUUACAAGUAAGGUUUUUCAUCAAAUCCAAAGAGGAGAAUUUAACUAUCUUAAAGUUAUUAUUGAUAGAAACCAUUACAAAUAUCAGAUUCAUUUUUAUGUAGCAUCUUUUAGAACUUGUAUCUGGACACAUUUAAUUCCUCCUCACACUUCUAAUAAAUCACAAUGUUCUAAAACAAUUUAGUAAUCUAGAAGGAAAUCUGACUAGACUGACCACCCUUGUAACUUUUUAUAAAUGUACCUUUUUAAAUUCCAAAUUACUUGUACUUGGAUUUAUAUAUUCAAAUGCCUAAAUAUUGUGCUCUAAGUAUAUAUAAAAUAUCUAUAUUUUAAUGUUAGUAUUUUCUAAAUAUAUUCAGAAAUACUUUCCAUUCAAGAAACUGAAGAAAUCACACAAAAUGUCACUUAAGUCAGAGUGAAGCUUUCAGAGUAUUUCUGUUCCCAGUUACUGAAAAAUUUAUUUCUCAAAUUUUUUCUCAUAAGUAAAUACAGUUCCAAAAAACAAAUCACAAAGUGACUAUCUUUCUCAAAAGAAAGGUAAUAAAAAAGUAGGU